AUGGCCCAAACGAGCCUCUGUCUCGCCCUUGCCUUGGCCCUUUGGGCCACCACCUCCGCCCAGGACCCCGUUACACCCUCGGGCUUCAGUCUCACCUAUCGCGGUGACGUCGACCACAACACGGGCGACGCCCUUCGUUUCACGACCGCUCUGGACGACACGGCCAUCAUUCUAGAAACCACCAACCUAGGCCUGUCGGCAUGCGGUGAUGCCUGUCGCUCGUACAGCACCUGCCGUGGAAUUUUCUUUUGGUCGACCCCAUCGGGCUUUUUGCGCUGCAACCUUCUUGCUGACCUUGGUGAGGCGGGCGGUCGUGACACAGACUCAGUCUCGUACAGCUAUUCACGGGACGUGUUUUUGAGCUCCAGUACCACCACAACCGAGCCGCUGGUCACGGAAGCGCCGGCUUUGAACUUUGAACUCAGGUUCAAGGGUCAGCUGGACGGUAACACCGAUCCACGUCGCUUCGAAACGGCCCUUCGCCCCAAUCGUGCGCUCGCCAUUCUCUACGAUACUGGCAUUUCCACUUGCUCCCAGGCCUGUCUUGCCAACGAUGCAUGCCAAGGCAUCUUUUACCAACAAGACACGGGGCCGCAAGCCACGGGCUCGUCCUGCACGCUGCUGGAUGAUCUCGGUGUCGAUGAAGGCGUUGCCACAGGCCUCCAGUCACUCAGCUAUGCUCGCGUUUUCCCCACCACGACCACCACCACAACAACGACGACGACUACAACCACCACUACCACUACCACUACCACAACAUCUGGCUUUCCUGAAGCAGCACAGUUCAACCUGGUAGCCCGCUUUGGGAUGAUGCCCUCCCCAGACGACUUUAACCUCACGUUUGUGGGCGCCGUAUCGGGCAACCCGAAUGCCCUGCGCUUUUCAACCGCAUUUCAAGCCCCGGCUAUCAUCACUCAGACCAGCGAAGCAAACGCCAACGCUUGCGCCGAUCGUUGCUUGAACCACGGUGAUUGCCGCGGCGUUUUCAUUGUUCGACGCGCCGGUAGCGUUGACUGCACCCUCUUGCGCGACCUGGGCCAAAAUGGUGGCGUCGCCACGGCGUCAACGUCCAUCUCCCUCAGUGUUCGUAACCCCCCAACGACCCCCAUGUCCGAGAUCCUUCAAUACUUUGUGCAGCUUCCAUCGACAAGCAACUACCAACUGCGCUUUAUUGCACCGACUACGACAGCGGGCCCGACAGACUUACCUGAGCAGGCUGAUAUCGAGCGAGCGGAACCGAUUUGCCUCUCGGGCAAUAACUCGUGGGUGCGCUUUGCCUUGGAGAAGGGUUUAACCAGCAACGAUUUGGCUAUGGACUUUAGGACGGCGCGGUCUUCGGGCAUUCUGGCCAUCAUGCCCAGUCAAGUGGAUAGUAGCGACUACUUGGCUGUCUUUCUUGUGGGCGGCCGUGUGCGUUUUGCCUUUGAUACCGGAGAUGGCGCUGUUGUGCUGACGACGAAUGCAACAUAUAACGACGACCGAUGGCACAAUCUGAGCGUGACUCGAGUGACGCUCGAGUCAACGGUCUUGACCACGCUGGAUGUGGAUGGCGAGAUGGUGUCCGUCAUGACGACAAUCGGAUCGUCAGGUGGCCAGCUCGAUGUGAGUGAGACCAUCUACUUUGGUGGCUUUGAUACGGCCCAGGCAUUGCCCUCGGGCCUCUCGGUAUUGGGAGCGCAAUCUGUCUUUGAGGGCUGCUUGGAUUCCCUUCAGAUUGAUGGCACCACUGUCACUCUGACCUCACCCAGUCGCACGGGGGCUUCGGGCUUGGCGCGAUGUGAUUCGGUGACUUACAACACGCGUGGCUCGUAUGUUCUACACACGGGCAUUGCCGUCGUUAACAUGCCGAGUGGCAGCAACUUGGAGCAAGACGGGCACCGCGUUCGCUUUCGCACAACAGACGGCGACGGCAGUCUGUUGUACUUGCCGGGCGUGGAUGGCUCGGGUGAAUUUAUCGGUCUGUCCCUCGUUGAUGGGCGUAUCCAGUUGGAGCAAAAUCUGGGCGGUGGCGUUGUGACCGGUCAGACCCCAGCCCCGCGUCGCUUUGAUGACGGCGAGUGGUAUGAGGUUGAGUUGUUGCGCACGGGCCCGCAAAGCUUGGCCGUGAUGAAUGUGUCUGCUUCUGAUGGCUCGAGCUAUCUGGCGUUUGUAACCUCGUCCGUUCCCAACAACAACAACGACUCGGAUGAUGCCAGGUUUGCGAGCAAUGGUGAGGUCUACAUUGGAGGUGUCAGUGUGACUGCGGAUGAAACAGCAUACACACGACUGCAUGACGGAUAUCUGGGCUGUAUCAAGGCCGUGACGAUUAAUGGCGUCGCAUUGCGCCCGACGGCUUCAACCGCCACCUUAACAAUUGGUCUGGACAUUUGCACGCCAUGCAACAACCUGUAA